UGAUAAUCUUGAUUCUACAAUCGCACGCAAUGAAAAGAGGAUAAAAGAACAAAGAUAAAAAUAAAACUUUUCACACUUCACAGAAAUUGAGAAAAAUGGCGACAGAUUCAACGAAGGUUAGGACUGCAAAAGGGAAACAAUUAUCCAAUGAAGAAAUCUAUAAUGGAUUUCAGAAACUACGAAAUGAACAAAGACUUCUUGCUAACAAGUUGACUGAAGUAGAAGUGGAUUUCAAUGAACACAAGAUUGUCAUUGGAACACUACAAGAUCUAGAUGGGGAUAGAAAAUGUUUUAGAAUGUUCGGAGGAGUAUUAUGUCAAAGGACUGUCAAAGAUGUUCUCCCCAACCUAAUAUCCACUCGUGAUCAGUUGAAGAACCUGAUCGAAACUCUGAACGAUCAGCUAACAAAAAAAGGAGCGGAAAUUAACGAGUACAAAGAAAAAUACGACAUUCGAUUUCAAAGAGAAAUGGGAGGUCCUUCAGGAAGUGGUGGUGGGGGUGGAGGAGCAAGCCAAGAAGGAGGGGAGAAGAAAUCAGAACCUUCGAGAAACGUCAUCAUGGUGAAUCCAAUGUAAAUAACAUUAUUAUAAUAAUUGAUGGACAAGUGAACAAUGUGAUCGAACGUUAUAGAGUUGCGAGUGAACACCGAGUGCUUGAAUAAUAUCAACGAAUUGGACUAUUCAUUUUCUGUGAAUUCGUUGAUCAUCAUUGUUUUAUCUUAUUAAAACUCUUCCAAUGAGAUGUCACAAAUCUCUAAGCUAAUCAACUUUUCACGGCAUAGAAAUUCUCACAGUAUUAGUUCUUGUUUUCAAGCAAUUCAAUCAUAGGAGAAAACGUGAGACUUGAAAAUCGUUUUUUUAUAAUGUUAUUUAAAUUGCUUUACUAACGUUGUGUUGUGAUAGUAAUAUUCAUUGUUGUUCUUACUUAGCCUCGAAUUAAUGUAAUGCUUCAGAAAUCUAAUGUGAGAUAAGAACUGAUGGAUUAAAAAGUACGUUGAUUGGCAACA